AUGGAUAGCGGCUUAUUCCGUCUCAACAAGCGCAUGAAUCAGGAAACAGGCGGCCAAAUUUUCGGAGCACCUACGACCAUGGGAAAAGAAAACCAGGUCUUGGCCCUCGAAGAGCCGGCACUUCAAGCUCGCACGAAUGCUCAUAUUCACAAGAUGAUCAAGAUCAACUUUGUCAAAAUCAUCCUUUUCCCAUACCACGUCAUCCGCCAAGCACGCAGGGAUUAUGACCAUGGGCGCUCAUCUCGCAAAGCACAACAAUCCAGAGCGAAGGAAGCUCAAGAGAGUCGUCCACAGAGUCUGGAAGGGGAUAAGGCGACCAUUCCCACUUCACAGGACAAAGCGACUACUCCCCCUUCCACGAACAAAACAUCUACUACCCCUCCCCAGGACAAAGCGACUGCUCCCCCUUCACAGGAUAAAGCGACUACUCCUCCUUCACAGGUCCCGAUACCAAACAAGAGCUCGAAUACCACCGAAGAGUGCCCGCGUCCCAAGCAACAACCAAAGGUCAGAACAUCAUACCCCAAAGGGUGUUGGAACUAUCGUCAUGGCAAAGAGUAUCCAUGGAGCAUCGAGCGUGUGGUGCAACAGAACCCCGAUUGGCGUGGUACAUGGGUGUUGGAGGCUAAAGACAUGUGGUCAAUAGACUGGCAACAGGGCUUAACACCACAAGGGAAGCGGCAACCUCAACCCCAUUGGCCCUUUGCGGUGCCUUAUGAGACAGGAUCGGACGAACUUCUGGAAAUGCUACGGAGGCCUUCACGGGCGAGGGACUGUUGA